AAUUAACCGCCAAGUCUUUCCGUCGUCGUGGUAGCGGGGCAGCAUGGCGCCCUACACCGGCAACUUUGACUUGGAGAGCGAGGUGUGCGCCACGGGAAACAUCUCCGUGAAGAAGUUCCGCUCAAGGGAGUCGGGCCUCACCGUCUGCCUGGCCGACGUCGAGGGCCCACUGGUCGGCGGACACUUCUGCCUGGCAACGGAGGCUUACGAUGAUGAUGGCCUGCCCCACACCUUGGAGCACCUUGUCUUCAUGGGCAGCGAGGAAUACCCGUACAAAGGUGUUUUGGAUCUCCUAGCAAAUCGAUGUCUGGCGCAAGGAACAAAUGCAUGGACAGACACCGAUCACACGUGUUACACCAUCACGACGGCUGGGAGUGAAGGUUUUCUCAACCUGCUGCCCAUUUACCUGGACCACAUUCUUUACCCGACACUGACGGAAUCCAGCUACAUCACGGAAGUGCAUCACAUUAAUGGCGAUGGGGAGAACGCUGGCGUAGUUUACUGUGAAAUGCAGGCUCGAGAGAACACGGGAGAGAGCCGCACACAUCGUGCCAUGCUUAAUGCCAUGUACUCCGGUCGCUGUGGGUACAAAUCAGAAACCGGCGGGAUGCUAGAGAACCUCAGGACGAGCACUUCACAUAAAAAGGUAUGCGACUACCACCGCACGUUUUAUCGGCCCGAGAAUCUUUGCCUCAUCAUCACGGGCCAGGUGGACCCUGAAGAAGUUUUCCGGGCUUUGGAUCUCACCGAACAGAAAAUAAAAUCAAAGGACCCCCUGCCACCUCACGUGCGUCCUUGGCAGUCCUCUGUUCCUGAGUUUACAGACUUAACAGAGUCUGUGGUUCAAUACCCAAGUGAUGAUGAGACAACUGGCAUGGUGACUGUCGCCUGGCGAGGUCCAAGCGCCAAGGAUCUGUACAAGAUGACUGCCAUCGGAACGCUUCUGGAGUAUUUGAGCGAUACGGCCAUAUCUCCACUCCAGCGGGACUUGGUGGAGAUCUCGGACCCGUACUGCAACAAGGUGGGGUGCAGUAUCCUCGAGAACAGUGUUGGCUGUGUCUACAUAAAAUGCUGCAAUGUGCCUUUCCCCAAACUGAGCGACGUGAAGGAAAAGCUCUUGGCCACGCUGCGGAGGAUCGGGGACGGCACGGAGGCUCUUGACAUGCCCCGUAUGCAAACCGUCAUCGCCCGGCAGAUUCUGGAGGCACUCAACCAUGCUGAAGAUCACCCACACGAAGCCAUCGCUUUUUCCUGCAUCGGACACUUCCUCUACGGCGAUACCGAGGAGGAGUUGCGCAAGCGGCUGAACCAGGUGGAGGCGUUCAAGAAGCUGGCGGAGGAGCCGGUGGAGUAUUGGCUGGACCUCCUCAACUUCUACUUUGUUGAUAAGCCCUGUGUCACGGUUGUCGGGGAGCCCAGCCAUGCGCUGCAGGUGGAAAUGGAAGCAGCGGAGAGCGGGAGAGUGGAGCGCCAGCGAGAGACGCUGGGAGAGGAGGGGCUGCUGAAGUGCGCCAAGAUCAUAGAGAAUGCGCUACAGCAAAACGAGAAAGAGCCGCCGGAGGAAAUUGUGAGCCGCCUGCGCAUCCCGAGCACGGACAGCAUCCACUUCCACCCCAUAAAACCUAUCUCCAACGUAUCGGUCUGCCACGUGGCGGGCCUCGGCGAAGACGGGCGCUUCCCGUUGAACGAGAUCUGCUUCCCUUUCCAGCUCGACCACGUUCACUCCAACUUUGUCCGGUACAUAGUUAUGCUGGACACCACCCCGGUGCCACAAGAGCUCAAACCUUACCUCGGCCUGUACUCGGAGAUAAUAUUCGAGUCACCAUUGAUGCGUGAUGGAGUUCUGGUGCCCCAUGAGGAGGUGAUUAAACAGCUGGCAGAGGACACUGUGAAGAACGAUGCCACGCUGGGCAUGAAGGGCUGCCGAUUCUUCUGUGGAAGCUACGCACACCUCCUGUGCAUCAUGCUCAAGGUGGACAGGCAGAAAUAUCGCAAAGGUGUGCAGUGGAUUAGGGAGCUGAUGCACCAGGUGGUCUUCACCCCCGAGCGAAUCCAGAUCGUGGCCACCAAGAUCCUGAACGAAGUGCCGCGACACAAGCGCGACGGUUCGACGGUCGUCACAGCAAUUUUGAAAGAGCUCAACUUCCCAUCGGAAAGCAACCACACCAAGAUGAACAUGAUCAGACAGCAGAGGUUUCUCACCGACCUGCUCAAACGGCUCGAGACAGACCCAAAACAGGUGAUCGCGGACAUGGAGCGAGUGGCCGAGGUGGUGAUGUCUGCCGAGAAUCUCCGCGUGCACGUGUCGGCCGAUGUGGGCUGGCUGGCAGCCGAGUUCCCGCAGCCCCAGCAGCCCUGGCUCGAUGGCUCUCUCUUCCCGCAAGCCGAGAUAACGGCAACACGCCUACUGGAAAUGACGCAGGGUCACGAGCACCUUCUGCCAAUGGGACAGACCGGGAUUCUCAUCGGAGUGGGAUCCGUGGAGUCCAGCUAUGUUAUGGAGUCCACUCCAUGCAUUACCGACUACACCCACCCAGACCUGCCGGCAAUUAUGGUGUUUAUAGAAUACCUUACCGCUCUGGAGGGCCCCAUGUGGAGGCAACUGAGAGGGCUCGGUCUAGCGUACCACUACAGCAUGCUUGCCGUACCCAGCCAGGGCCUCCUUUUCUUCUCGCUGUACAAGUCGAGCCACCCAGUCAGCGCUUAUAAGCACGCCAAGGAGAUCCUGGAUGAGUUUGUGUUGGGUGCUACUCCCUGGGACCCUGUGAUAUUGGAGUCGUCCAUCUCGAGUGUCAUUUUCGAGAUCAUCGAGCGCGAGACGACCGUCUCCGAGGCCUCCCUGCAGUCCCUCCUGUCCAGCUUCCGCAAAAUGGACAACAAGACGCUGCUCGGGAAGGUGGCGCGCGUGACGGCGGAGGAUCUGCGGCGCGUUGGCCGCGAGUAUUUCACGCGGCUGUUCGACCCGACUCACUCGCGGUGCGCCGUGGUGUGCAGCCCAGCCAAGGUCGAAGAGAUCAGCCAGGGCUUCAGAGGGCUGGGGAGAGAGCUGACAAUCUGGUCAUCUCUGGAAGACAACUUCCCUUGAGUGAAUGCAUGAAAAUAUGUUGGUGAUAAACAAUACGGUAAAAUCUUGAUUUGAAACCGAAGAAUAUGCUAUUUUCACAGUUAAAAAUGUUUUUUUCUGAACAAUGACCUUUUUGAUUUAAAUGGGCGCAUGAAUUUAGCUCGAACAGGCAUGGGGAAAAUGGCACAAUAAAAAAAGGUUAUUUUUUUUUCAAGUUUCAGUGUUACAUUCUGCCCUCGUGGCACUGGCAUUGGAUAUUUUAUGAAUGAGCAAAACAUGUAACUUUCCAAAAACAAAUUCAGCCAUCAUCGACAUAACUAAGUUUAUAUUGUCAUGAUGUGACCAAACAAUAUCUUCACCAAGGGUGACCCAGGGAAAUUUACAAUAAAAGGGACCGUUAAUCCGGUUUGUUGAAGUUCAUCUUAGUGCAUCAUGAUGAUGACACCAUUUGCAAUUAUUUGACAGGGUCAGUAACGUCCACCGUGCAACAGUCCACACUCUUGGCGAAAAUACCUUAAGGUACUGAGUCGGUGUGGGGUCUCCGCCAUUUACUCUUGAACUCGUGGAGUUUGUACCGUUAACCGGAUUACCCUUGUCUUAUAAUUAGCAUUCUAAAAAAAAACUUAAUCUUGACAACAUGAAAAGUGUUACGCAUUUUCCCUUUGCAAUUUUGUGGAAAGUUAUUGUCUAUUGGUCAUAGACUUGACAUUUAAUUUGGCGAUUACAAAUUUAGCGUUAUCAAGGAAUAUAUUACUGAUGUAACCACCCUUAGAUUUUUUUUUUCAAAUUAUAAAUGAGUCAUACUUCUUCAAUGAAGGAAUUGCAUUUUUUAUGUAGAAAAUGAAGGAGCAAUCUUUGCCAUCAAUAACACUACCUGUUAUUUAAUUGGUAACUUAUGUUUUAACUAUACAUAACCAUGGCGCAAUAUUUUACAGCAAAUAAAUGUUUUUGUCAUGAAGUGGUCGAUAUGAUUAACUGUGGCCUAAAUUUCAAUUGUGCACCUUCAGUCUUAAUUUUUCAAAAUGCCAACUGAAUUGAAACUAAUUUUUCCAUUUUUGGUAUGAACGGUGUUUGAUACCACAUGCAUUAAUCCAUCUCCAUGUUAUAGUCAUCGAUUUAACUUCAGCUGCUGUGAUUCAUUCUCUGGCAUGUUUUAUUGUUUUGUUAAAAACGUUCUUCUGUUGUCAUUGUUACAUUUAUAGCAUGUACCCAGUUGCCUAAUAAACAUCGAAAGAAAA